AUGCAUUACAAAGAGAAACAAAAUCAUUAUAAAAAUGUCACUUGUUCAAUUUCAAUACUAAAAGAUAAAAUAUCAAAUGAAGAUAUUACUAACAUCAAUAUUACAGAAAUAUUUAAAAUAUUUGAAUUUACUGAUCUUUAUCUUCAAUACUUUAUUUUAACAAAAAAUAAAACAGAAAAAAUAACUAUAAAUAGCUUUUCUGCGCAUAAAGUUGGUGCGAUGAUAAGAAACGUAAAGAAAACUACAAUUAUCAGAUACAAUCAAUUAGAUCUCGAUAAUACAAUGAUUAAGUGGUUAAAGUUAAAUUUAUCUAACUUUACAAAUACAAAAGAUAUAAUUUCUAUUUUAAAUGAACUAAAUUUAAACCAAAAAGAUAAAAAUUUUUUUAGGCAAUAUUUUGGAUACAAUAUAAUUUACAAGGAAUAUAAAAAACUUAUCGAUGAUGCUUCGACUGAAAAUUUACAAAUAUUAUUAGUUUUGUUAGAUAAUAACAAAAUAUGUUACAAUAAAUUACUAGAAAUUUAUCAAAAACUAAAUUAUUAUUUGGAAAAUAAUAUCUUGGAUAAAAAUUUUAUAUUUUGUUGUAAAUUUCUAUAUUUCUUACUUGAAUAUGAUUUUAAGAUGUUUUAUGAAGAUUAUAAAGAAUUUCUAUUAGGAUUUAGUAUUUAUUUAUUUGAUUUACUUUAUCUUCAAGAUACUAUAAGGAUAUUUGAAAUCCAAGAUAUAAAAUAUAUAGUAAAACUUAUAAAAAUUAUUUAUCCGAUUGGAAGUAGCAAAUAUAAAAAAGGUAUUUAUAUUAAGUCUUUAGAAAGACUUAAUACACUUUUUACAAAUAUUUAUGAAGAUACUAUAAUGCUUAUUUUCAUACUUGAAAUAUUUUGUAUGACAGAUGAAUUUUAUGCUUCUAAUGAUUCUUUAGACUUACUACAUAAUCAAUUAGAAGCCUUUCAACUAUCGCCAUUAUUUAAAACUUACAAAGAUUAUGAUUUUAUUAGUUUAAGUUUUUUUAAAUAUAAAUACAAAAUUUUAAAUAAAUUAAAAGUAAUAUUGGAAAAAUCGUAUGACAAAUUAAAUGUAUAUAAUGAUUUGUACCAUAAUGAUACAAACAGUUGUGUAAUUUUAUAUCACCUAAAUGAUACUGCUUUUUAUGGUCUACUAGAUAACCUUAUAAUAUUAAUUAAUAAUUCAAAUGAUAAAAUUCAAUACAUCAAUAUUUUAUUUGAUAAACUAAAAGAAGAUGAUUUAUCUUAUUUGUAUUUAUAUCUACAGGCAAUUAAAGAAAAUCAUAAGCAUGUUUUAUAUUUUACUAUUUAUUUUUUACAGAUGCAUGUUACACUCCAUAGAAAUUAUUUUGAAAUGUUAAUAUUAAUUUACUUCAAUUUUAUUGAUGAAAAUGAUGUGUAUAUUUGUAGAACAAGAAUUAAAAUAUUGGAUUUUAUAAGUAAAACAGAUAAAAUAUAUAUUGAUAUUAUAAUUAAAGAAAUAAAAAAAUAUAAGAAUAAGAACAAAAACAUAUUUAUAUUAAUUUAUUUUGUAAUAAAAAGCAUUAAAGGGAUAUCAAAGGAAGAAUUUAUAUUUUUAUAUAAAUAUCUGCUUGAUGAUUUGGAAAAAAGUAUAAAAAAUAAUGUUAAAGACUUACAUAAAAAUAAAGAUUCGCAAAAAAAUAAUAUUAAAGAUUUACAUAAAAACAAAGAUUCACAAAAAAAUACAGUCACAUGUUCUGUAGGAGAAGACACUUUUUCAUACCAAGUCGAUACAACUAAAUACAGAUUUAAAUAUUUUUAUUACAAACUUGCACUAGAUUUAUUGACAAUUUAUGAUAGUACAGACAAAAUAGAAUUAAUUAAUUUUACAAAUUUUCAUAAUUACACAAUUAUAUUACUUUAUUAUCAAAAACUUAACAGUGGCUAUGAUUUAAUAAAACAAGACCUGUUUAAGUACGUUUUUCUAUGUUCUAAAAAAGAGAGAAAAAUUUUAUACAAAUUAAUUUUUAUUGAAAAAAUAUGCGAAAACGACCAAGUAAAUGAUAAAAAAACUGUAACAAGAAUCGAAAAAAAAUAUAAUAUUUAA